AUGUCGCGCACGCUGCAGCUCCUUGCGGAGAACCCGGAGGUGCAAACAAAAUUGCGGCGCGAGAUUGCCGACGCGAAGCUCGCUGCCGGCGGACACCUCAACUACGACCAGCUUCACGCGCUGUCGUACUUGGACGCCGUGUGUCGUGAGACGCUGCGACUCCAUCCUCCAGGUCCACAGGCUAUCCGAGUGGCAUUGGAGGAUACCGUCCUCCCGAUCUCCCAUCCCGUCCGCGCAACAGACGGGACGCUCCUCCAUGAAGUUGCAGUGCCUUGCGGGACCAACAUCUUCGUCAGCGUCCUCGGGUGCAACCGCAAUGAGGCACUCUGGGGCUCUGACGCCGGUGAGUGGAAGCCUGAGAGGUGGCUUGCGCCCCUUCCCGCGGCGCUGGAGAGCGCGGCCAUCCCGGGGGUAUACUCGAACCUGAUGACGUUCUUGGGUGGUGCACGGUCAUGCAUCGGCUUCACAUUCUCGCAGCUUGAGAUGAAGGUCGUCCUGUCCGAGAUGAUUGCUAACUUCACGUUCGCGCCCUCGGAGAAACCCGUCGUCUGGAACCUCUCCGGCAUUUCGUACCCGACCGUCAGCGCCGAAAGCACAAAGCCAGAGCUGUGGCUGAACGUGGGAGUAGUGCGCGAAGGUUAG